GGACCCGAUUGGAGCUCCUGCAAGGGGGCCUGGGACACCAGGGCCAAGCUCCCUUCUCCCUGCCGCUUGCGGGCAGGCUGCGCGGACCAGCAAAGCCCCUACGCGAGGGGGCCGCGAGGCUGGCACCUGGGGAUCGCAGAGGCGGCGAUCGUCCCCGCGAACCCCACAGGCGGAGAAGUCCCCAGACUGUGCAGUGGGCAAAUGUGGACGCGGACGGCCCGGCUCACAGGUUCCCGCGGAAGGCACGUGUGCUCAGACAAAUUAAGUAUUUCUAUCCAUUUGCUUAAUGGAUGUUUGAUCAGAGGAAUUCAAGCCUUAACUGUAAGCAGUGGUUCUGCUUUAGAGUGAAUUAUUCAUAGGGAAAUGGGCCAAACAUCCCAAGAGAUCAGUACUUGGCUUCCGAGCUCUUGUUUUUCUACAAGGAUCAGUAAAUGCUGGCAGGCGAGAGCAGCAGGGCUCACGGGGCGCUCCUGGAGAGCACAAGGCCGCAGCCAGCCAGGUUGUGGGGUGACUACCCCUUGGACUGGGGGGGCCCUGGCUAGAGGCGCUCUGUGUCUUUGGGCACGUUUCUGGUGACCGACCAGGGGAUCUGUCACCGUCCGGCCCUGUGCGGGCCGCGGAUGGCGGGCUCUGCUGAUGCAUCCGGGUGGCUGAUGGGCGGUGGGCGGGUAAAGAGAGCCCCCAGCCGCAGGUUCAGGCCGGACGGAGGGCCUGGCCGGGUGACUCGGAGACGAGGAGCGGACCCGCGUGGGAGGGCCUGGGCUCACCGCCGGUGGAGCUGGGGACCCGUGAGCGCCCCUGGGCUGGCGGGAGCUCCGGGAGUGGAGCGCUCAGGGGCGAGCCCCCAGGCCUGCAGCCCACACACCGUGGGCUCAGCGGGGGUCACCCCGUUCCCACUGCCCCGUCGGAGCUGCGGGGCCCGGAACACCCGGGAUGUGUUAUUAAUAGCACUGCUGCCCGGCGCUAUGGAGUUCAUGCGUGUUUCUUUUAGAAGCUUGAGAAAGUGCAGAUCGGCGAGAGGAAGACCGUGCGACUCCCUGGUGUUCUGAUAAAGCGCCGCUGGUGUUUGCUUUACCGUAUGGCAUCUCAGAUAUGUGGGGCCGCGCUAUUUCUGUCACUCUGCACACUUCUCCAUCCGCGUGGGAGCCUCUGUGUGUUACUCCCAGUGUCACCAUGUUAACUGCACGCUCCGUGCUCUUUGGGCUCCAACGCCUUCUGGGUCACUUGGUCACUUGUCUAUCGUCCCCUGAAGGACACAGUAAUGGACACCUAUGGUGGCCUCGUGCCUUCAUCUGGCCACCGUCUGAUGGGGUCCCAUGCCCGCACGUGGCCUGGUGGGGCCGACCCCGCCCCUGGCUCUGGCUUGGCCACCGGGAGCCAGGCGUCCUCCCGCUGAUGGACUGGGUCAGGGAUGGUUCUGUGGCCCGAGCCAAGCAUCAGAACCACCCCAGAGAAAGGGGUGUCCUCCUCCGUUCUUGGAGCCCAACAGCCGUGGGUCCCCUCCGGAUACCGCAUAAAGGAACCAAGCAUGGGUUUGAGAGGGACAGUGGCCUGGGGACUGGCCUGGACACCUGGCUUGGCAGGGCCCACGGCAGCGUCCUGCUCCAGGUGUCGUGCUUGUGUGCUUGUCUGAUGCAGCGGGAGACACAGCCUGUGCGAUUGGGAGCGGAGACGGUGGUGGGAGGGAGCCGCUGUCCCGGAUGGUGCUGGGGGCGGUGCUGGCAGUGGCACGACGUGCACGGCCAGCCCCAGCCGCGGGGUCGUCCUGGCCACCUCCCAGAGCCUUCCAGCUGCCUGGGCCCCUGCUCAGUGCCUGUGGGGGCAGAGAGAGACGGAGCCCCAGCUGUGCACGGAGAUGCUCGUCCCCAGACGCAGGCCGGGGUGCAAAGUCCAAGCCCAGAGAGCUAGUGGGUAGAGGUGCCCGCUCCCUAGUCCCCCCGGCUGAUGCGGGCGCUUCUCCGCACGGGCAGGGGUGAAUGGCAGCAGCACCGUGUGCUCCCACGGCGCCCUGAUGGGGCUGAGCCGGCCAGUGGACGGCAUCCAGGCCUGGAGGACGGGGGCUCAGGGCCCACGCCCUGGGGCUGCUGUCCCUGCGGCAGCGGGAGACCAGGGCCAGCAGGGACCACGCUGAGUGGUUUUCAGAAAAUAAAAUGUAAAGAAAGGAAAAGCCAGGGAACACCCACCCCUUGGGGUCUGUCCUGCGCUGGCUACUCGGGCUGGUCUGUCCUCAAGGUCUCCCCCCCGAUGAACGCCAGGUACCGGAGACCGCGGGGGCCCCAGGAGCAGGAGGCCCGGUCCUCCCUGGAGGCUGGGUCUGGACGGGGGAGGCUGGGCACCCCCACCCCAUGUCUCUGCACCAUCCUGCGUGGGCACAGCGGUGCCAAAGUCAGCCGCUGGCCUGGGAAGACAGAGCGGGUUCUUAUCUGCUUCCUCAAGGCUCGCGCGCCUGGCUGGCUGGAAAAGCGGGGCCCCGCCCACCACCCACGGUUCCCAGACAUGUUCUCGGCCCUAAGCUCCUGGCAUCCGGCGUCCCGGCUGGGAAACGGCCCUUCGCUGGCUCGCUGCUGCUGGGGCUCAGGCGGUGCCAUCGGUCACCACUCUGGUUUUGCAGGCGGCGCACCCUGGGGGCUGUUCCCACAUCACCACGGGCUGUCCAGGUCACUGCACAUCCCUCUGUCCACCCCCUGCCUCCCUCUGCCACACGAGGACGCCACGACUGUUCUGGGACCGGCCGGGAAAUGCAGGAGAGCCUGCAUGUAGACGUGCAUAGGUCCACAGGGAUCGGGCCGUGGGCAUCUUGGGGACCGCCCACACUGGGGGCUCCCUCACGUGCCCCUGGUACCAUGUCGGGACUAUGGCCAGCCGGGGGACCUGGCUGAGGGCCCAGCGUGGUGGGCUGGGGAGGAGCGGGAACAGCGCCCAGAGGCUGCACCUGUCCCUAUGGGGGGCUGCUCACGCCGGGAUCACAGGCGGCCUGUCACCGACGCCAGGGAGUCUUUGUGGCAGGCUCCUGGCAGCGAGGAGCUGGGCUUCUCCAGCAUAACUCUCAGGUCCCUAGGGGACAGGCCGGUUCUGCUGUGGUGGCCCAGGGGCCGCAUGGCUCACCAGCUCUGGGUGAUGCCUGCACAGCUGCCUGGAGGCCUCACCGCAAGGCUGGAGGGGACGGAGGUCCAGAAGGGUCGGCAGGCCCGGAGCGCACCAGAGACUUGGCUUCAGCCAGACAGCGCAGCUCGGCCAGGACUGGUGGACAGGCUCAGGGCCCCGAGGACGCCACCAGCCCCCACACCUGCGGCCAACAGGUCGCUCUGGGGCCUCUCCCUGAUCUUGGGGCACUGCCGCUGGCUGACGGUCGCUGGGCCUCGGAAACCACCUGACAGAUGCACUGGUCACAGGCUCCACCUCCAAAACAAAUCCACGGCUCUCCCCACGGCCGCCUCCCCGUCUGAACCUGGACACACGGCCAGAGGUGCCCCUGUCCCGGCGCCCCAGGACCUGCCGCCCCUCUGCCCUCCCCCUGCUCCGGCCACACGCCUGCCUGCCACGCUUUCCACCAGGGACCCGUCUGCUCCGUGGUUGCCUGUCUCUGGCCGCAGUCGUCUGACGUGGGCCGGAGCUGGGCCGACUCGGCCGCGUGGCUGCCCCUGGGAUGGCGCCUGCGAUCACCCUGAUGGACGUGGGAGCCACGGGCCACGUGUGGCAGCCGCGCCGUGGAACCAGGUCCUGGAGCCCGCAGGACGAGAGGCCGUGGCGUCCGCCCGCGCGUCGGGGAGCAGAGAGGGAGGGACGAGGCGGCAGUAGGUCACCGUGGG